CGUUAGUCCGAUGGUUCCCGAUGAAGCAGCUUCCAAUAUGGCGUGAAAACAUUCGGAAAAGGAAAUCGAAAUUCGAAAAUGGCCUACUUUCAAGCGUAUAUUAAAAGUAAUUUGCAGGCGAUCGCUGAAUAUUUGCCUUCGGUGAGGAAGCAAUGUGGAGGUUGCUUGCCUUUGGCAUUAACCUUGGAGGAAUCCAUUCAGCGAUGCACGGAGUAUACCGAACAAAACAGCAUCGUCUUAUCGCUUAUGACUUGUGAACAUGCUGACUCUUUUCAUGAAGAAACAUUUAUCGAUGCUUGGAUAUUAAAAUCCCUAAAGGAAAACGAAUCUACUCGAGGCAAAUACCAGUUUGAGGAAGCCGAACCAAUGACAAUAUAUCUUACAAGCGAAUUGAGAGACUACCCCUUAUUAAGUCUCAAUAAAGAUGCCAGUGAGAAAUGCAUUCUUUUAAGAAAAGUUACCCCCAUACCUCUUAAACGCAUAAUAAUAGGGGCCUUGAGUAUUGAAUCGUUUCAUUGGGCUAAGGACAAUCUUGGUGAUUAUCUGAUCAAUAUUAUCGAGAAUCGUUCGAUUGUAAUUAAGCAAAAUGGCAACCUUGGGGAGGUUUUUAUUGAAAGCGAUUUCCACAACAUGUUAUCCAUGCUGAUAGUUCUUGAAACAACUCCAGUUAUGCAAGGAGUUGUAACUGAAGAGACAAUGCUGGUGAUCUCUGACAUUCAUGGAGAUGGUAUUGGAAAGUUUCAAUUGAGACGGCUCAAGUCAAUUCAGGGUGGUGGCAAUGUACCUCGUCUGCCUAGGCUAAAAAUGCCUACCCCAAAGCCAGCCCAUCUUUUACCACAAUCGGUGAACCUUGACGAACCGGAUGCAGGUUUCUUUGAAGAUCGCAAAUGUGAGGCCUUAACCACAUUGAAGGUUGCUUUGCUGGAAAUGCCAUUUUGGAGCAAGAAUUUGACAGUUCAUGAUAGCGUUGCUGAUGUCGACCACCAAGUUUGGAUUGCGAAAAAAACUAUGAAUGAAAUGGGCUUAAAUAAUGGGACCUGGGUGCGUUGCCAAGUUAAUUAUGAAAGACUCAGGAAGGAUGGAAAGUCUAAAUCGGGAAAAAUUAAGUUGGCACAAGUGUAUCCAAUUGAAGAGCAACCAUUGUUGGCAUGUGUCUGGAGAAAUCCACACAUAAUUAAAGAUGAGGAGUUAUUUAAAGAUGAAAUUGCAUAUGUUUCACCUGUAUUUGUGUUUAAUCUACUUCAACGCCCAUUCCAGGACAUUGAAACGAUCAUGUUGUGCUUGGAAAGAGCUGAGGUUGGAGAAUCACCUCCCAGCUUUGCAUAUGAAGUCAACGUUUCAGUCAUUAGUUCACCCAUAACGAAAAUUACAAAGAUGUACGAUCUUGUUUUAACUGAGCACUUUAGGACUCCACGGCUUGUUUCCAAAGGCGAUGUCCUUUCCAUUUAUUGUGAUUGGAAGAACUUGGAUGCCCCAAAUACUCAGGUGGCUUUAGAUGAGGGCCUACCAAGAAGUCAUGUUCUUUAUAUUAAGGUGGACAAGGUUUUAGGGAAAGAAGAAAGUUUAUCGUAUUUUGUUGAUGCAAGAAAUUCUAAGUUGUACCAGGGUGAAGUGGCACAAAGCUAUAUUCCAUCAUCUGCUGAACUGUUUGUACAGAACAGUUCAAAAGUCAAACAACCGAGAUCUUCAUAUUGGUUGACCUCACACCCAGGAGGUCUUGAGGGCUAUAUUUCCAAGUUGGAAGCUGCCCUUCGGUCGUUGCUUUACACCAGUUCAUCAAGUGAUGUUUUUCCAAUACUUUUGAGCGGUCCAGCUGGGGUGGGAAAGAGAACGGUCGUCAUGGCAACAUGUCGUAGACUGAAUUUGCACGUAGUGGAUAUUAACUGUAACGAGAUAUGCAGUGACACCACUGGGGCGACUGAGGCCAGAAUGCGAAACAGCUUUCAAAAAGCUUUUACAUGUGCUCCGUGCGUGAUGCUCUUGUCAAACAUUCACUGUCUGGGUAAAGAUAAGGACAAUCACGACAAGGAACCUCGCAUCAUCACAACUCUGAUGAUAAACCUUCAAGAAAUCCAGAAGGUCUCGCAAUAUCCCGUCCUAGUCCUGGGCACCACUUCCAACAUCCAAAACAUGACGUCAGAUCUCCGCUCGUGUUUCUCUGACGAAUUUGAAAUCGACGCUCCUGGCGAGGGCCAAAGGGUGGAAAUGUUAAAAGCCCUAUCUACGGGGUUCCUUGUUGGUCCCGGGGUGUCCUUUAAAACGCUCGCAAGUCGAACUGCCGGAAUGGUCCUUUCCGAUUUCUGCACGAUGUUCUCCGAAGCUGUUCUUCAAGCAAAAGACGAUAUCAUGGGGUACCUUAAGGAGGUACAGCUGAUUCCACCGAACGGCGAUGCUCAAAGCUGGGGAUAUCGGAAUCAGUUGAUCGAGAUGCAAAAAGAUGUUUGCAGCGCCGGUAUCUUGCUUCAUCAAAAUCAUUUCGACAAAGCGAUACAGGUACUACAAGCAGCUCACGCCGACAGUAUCGGUGCUCCAAAGAUUCCGAACGUUUGUUGGAAAGAUAUUGGUGGUCUCAGCAAUGUGAAACAGGAGAUUAUGGACACCAUACAAUUGCCGUUUCAAUAUCCCGAACUGUUUGCCGCUGGCAUGCAACGGUCAGGAAUCCUGUUGUAUGGCCCUCCAGGGACAGGAAAAACGUUGGUAGCCAAAGCUGUGGCAACUGAAUGUUCACUCAAUUUUCUAAGUGUAAAAGGCCCCGAACUGAUCAACAUGUAUGUUGGACAAAGUGAAGAAAAUGUUCGCGAGAUAUUUGCGACGGCUUCACGGGCGGCACCAUGUGUCAUCUUCUUUGAUGAACUGGAUUCUCUUGCUCCGAAUCGUGGACGGAGUGGCGACUCCGGCGGAGUUAUGGACAGAGUUGUUUCCCAACUGCUGGCUGAGCUAGAUGGUUUGAAGAGGUCACAUGAUGUAUUCGUGAUCGGAGCGACAAAUAGACCCGACUUGCUCGAUCCAGCCCUUCUUCGUCCCGGACGGUUUGACAAACUCCUGUAUCUUGGCAUCAGCAAGGCGAAAGAAGACCGUAUGAAGAUCAUGAAAGCUCUAACCCGCAAAUUCAACUUGCCAGAGGAAAUAAGUUUAGGUGAUUUGGUUGAUAUGUGUCCUGAAAACCUAACGGGAGCCGAUUUUUACGCUUUAUGCUCAAAUGCGUUACUAAAUGCUAUAAAGCGACAAAUCCUUAAACAGGAUGCAGGCACUGCAAAGGCUGAACUAACACAGCAAGACUUUGAGCUUGCUAUCGAGAACCUUGUUCCUUCAGUAUCAAAUGAAGAAUUGAGACAUUAUGAGAAAAUACAGUGGGAAUUCAACAAGAACAAGCAGGCCGAGAAAGAUGUUCACAUAGGGGAACUGGAAAUAGACGGAAAAGAAACUGACUUGUGAUUGAAACCAUGGCAACUUGACGCAUAAUGAACGUUCGUGCAUGUGAACGGUUAAACUUGGUAAAAGCAGUAGUCUGUUCUGGUAUUUGAAGUGUAAAUUUAUUUCCGCAUAAUAUACGAGAACCUGCCAAAGGUUUUGCUAAAUUUGUUCAUAGAGUGGACUCUAGUGAACCUCUUUUAUAAAGGAAUAGCGUAGCCAGCCUGACGAUUUUGUCCCUCUAUGUAAAUUGAGACUUAUUGAGUUAUUAUAAUUAUUAUUCAUGUCUUUAGAACUUUAUUAUCUUCACAGUCAAUGGAACCAAAAUAUUAGCAUAGGGGGACAAAUUGUCAGGCUGGCUACGUUUUAAAAAGUAUUUUUGCUGGGCAGAAAAGAACUCGAAGACCGUUAAACUAUUUAACAUCUAUACCAUGCAUGAGCUCGAGUUAUAUCAAGGCCCAUUUAUACACAAUGCGAUUUGUUUUAUAUACGAUUCUUACCCUGGCGUAUGUGAACGCCGGUAUGAACGUGCACACGUAUACAAAUCAAAUGUGACACUUUAAAUUCCAACCUUAACAAAAUUGAAUGAAGAUUGUGGCAUAGGCACUCUUUUGCAUUCGUCACAAUAUACUUAUCGUAUAGUUAAAUAUAUAGGCCUUUACUAUUACUGUUUGUUUUCGCUAUGUGAGUAGCUUAGCCAUGCAAUCAGAUAACGUAACAGCUUGAAUUUAGUGAGUAGCUGUAUCAUAAUAUAUAUCUGAAUGUGAAAAUCCUAUACAAAUCAUGCAUCUUGUACAAACGCUUUACCUAAUAAAAAUUUUAUGUCUGA